AUGCAUACCUUUAGUCUUCUUUCGUUUAUGCUUGCCUGCCGUCUGGCCGCUUGUCACCCAGGUGAGGACCAGGCAGCUGAGUUGCGGGCCCGCGGAGAAUUUCUACAGAACCAUGUAACCAACUUGGAUCACUGUGCCCAAGAACUAGAGGCCUCCGGUGUUAUGGAGCGAAGCAUAGAGCGCAGGUUGCAUAUGGUCAAAAGGCUACGGGAAAAGCGUGGAUUAGAACCACAGAGAGACCAGAACGAAUCCAAAGAUUGGGGUGCCGUGGAUACGUCCCCUGCAUCACUCUUUAAGACAAACGCAUCAUGCGUUCUGGCCCCAGAAGAAAUGGUUGGACCUUAUUGUAAGAUCCCAGUCGGCUUUAUUGUUCGAAGAGACGCUAAUUUGAUGUCAACGGUAGAUGUCGCUGGCGAAAGUGUGCGCUCCAACAUUGUCGAAACCCAGCGGGGCGUUCCUAUGGAAAUUGACGUUCAAUUUAUCGAUGCAACCUCCUGCCGACCGGUUGUAGGAAAAUAUGUUGACGUUUGGCAAGCUAAUGCCACUGGAGUUUAUGGCGGCGUUAUCAACCGAGAAAACGGCAAUGGGCCGGCCGACCCAAACAAUCUGAAGAAGACUUUCCUCCGUGGCAUUCAGAAGACUGACAACGAUGGGGUUGUAAAGUUCUCUACACUAUUUCCUGGCCAUUACGCCGGGCGCACUAUUCAUAUUCAUGUCAUGUUACAUCCAAACGCUCAGCCAUAUCCUAAUGGCACGAUUAUCGAUAAUACUGCUGCUUACGUAGGUCAGAUGUAUUUUGACCAAGAGCUCAUCCACUCUGUCGAACGCCUACCGCCAUAUACGCAAAACCCCAAUCCUCUCACACUGAAUAGCCAAGAUUUCAUUUUACAGCAGGAUUUGUGGCAGGGUGGUUACCCAUUUGUACAAUAUAAGAUGAUAGGUAAUCGCCUCGAAGAUGGCAUUUUGGCAUGGCUGAGUUACGGUAUCAAUCCUGCAAAACGAAGUCGCGUUAUUCCAGUUGCAACACGAAGGGGCAACCUACCGCGAGAGACCACAGACAUCCAGCGGGCUGAGAUGUAG